CACAACCUCAUGGUGACCUCAGACAGCGUGAGGAGCAGCGAGGAUGCCUCCACUGGACUCAUUUCACUAGCACCAACUUUGAGGAGAUAUUUCCAUGGGCCAUAGCAGAAACAAGGAGACAGCAGUGCGGAGAUGUUUGCGGAAAAACCUCCUCCAGAGGAGGAGCGAAGGGUCAGGGCCAAUGACAGAGACUCCAACGAAAAUUCCCACUAUGCGAGUAACUGCAUCACCACAUCCAAGUACAACGUCCUCACCUUUCUGCCAAUCAAUCUGUUCGAGCAGUUUCAGGAAGUGGCCAACACCUACUUCCUUUUCCUGCUCAUACUGCAGUUGAUCCCUCAGAUCUCCUCCCUGUCCUGGUUCACCACCAUCGUGCCUUUAGCGCUGGUGCUGAGCAUCACCGCCGUGAAGGACGCCACGGACGACUUUUUUCGCCACAAGAGUGACAACCAAGUGAACAACCGUCAGUCUCAGGUGCUCAUGCGUGGCUCGCUUCAAAAUGAAAAGUGGAUGAACGUCCGAGUGGGUGACAUCAUCAAAUUGGAGAACAAUCAGUUUGUGGCAGCUGACUUGCUGCUGUUGUCCAGCAGUGAACCUCACGGUCUCUGCUACAUCGAGACAGCCGAGCUGGACGGAGAAACCAACACGAAGGUGCGCCAGUCUGUUUCGGUGACGACGGACCUCGGGGACCCCGACAACUUGGCUCAGUUUAAUGGUGAGGUGGUCUGCGAGCCCCCCAACAACAAGCUGGAUCGUUUCGGCGGGACUCUGUACUGGAGGCACAAGAAAUACCCUUUGACCAACCAGAACAUGCUCCUCCGAGGGUGUGUCCUCCGCAACACUGAGGCUUGCUACGGCUUGGUCAUUUUUGCAGGCCCAGACACCAAGCUAAUGCAGAACAGCGGUCACACCAAGUUCAAGCGCACCAGCAUCGACCAUCUGAUGAACACGUUGGUCCUCUGGAUCUUUGGUUUCCUGGUGUGUAUGGGUGUCAUUUUGGCUGUGGGCAACGCCGUGUGGGAGCGAGAGGUGGGAUCGCUGUUUCAGAGUCACCUACCUUGGGAUCCUCCGGUGGACGGCUUCCUCUUCUCUGCCCUCCUUGCCUUUUGGUCCUAUGUGAUCAUCCUUAAUACAGUGGUGCCCAUCUCGCUGUAUGUCAGUGUGGAGGUGAUCAGACUGGGCCACAGCUACUUCAUCAACUGGGACCAGCGAAUGUUCUGCUCACAGUGCAACACAGCGGCCGAGGCCCGGACCACCACGCUCAGUGAGGAGCUGGGCCAGGUUGAGUACAUCUUCAGUGACAAGACUGGAACCCUCACUCAGAACAUCAUGAGUUUCAACAAGUGCUCCAUCAAUGGACACAGUUACGGGGAGGUAGCAGAUCCACUGGGGGCACAGCCAAAGAGGCUGGACUUCACUCCUUUCAAUCCCCUGGCAGACCCAGACUUCUGUUUCUAUGACGACACACUACUGGAGUCGGUCAAAGUGGGAGAUCCCCACGCUGAAGAGUUUUUCCGCCUGCUCUCUCUCUGCCACACCGUCAUGAGUGAGGAGAAGAAUGAGGGAGAGCUUGUGUACAAAGCUCAGUCUCCAGAUGAGAGGGCUUUGGUGACAGCUGCACGAAAUUUUGGAUUCGUGUUUCGCUCUCGAACGCCGGGAACCAUCACCACCACCGAGAUGGGGCGGCCUGUCACCUACACGCUACUUGCCAUCCUGGACUUUAACAACACACGCAAGAGGAUGUCUGUCAUUGUCCGUAACCCCGAGGGCGGGAUCCGUCUGUACUGCAAAGGUGCUGACACUGUGUUGUUGGAGAGGCUCUGCCCCUGUAAGCAGGACCUGAUCAAUAUCACCUCAGACCACCUCAAUGAGUACGCCGCAGAUGGACUGCGGACACUGGCUCUGGCCUACAGGGACCUGUCAGAGGAGCAAUGGGAGACGUGGUCUGAAAGCCACCGCCAUGCUGAGAAAGAAGAAGACCUGCUGUCGGCUGCCUAUGAGCAGAUCGAACAAGACAUGAUGUUGCUGGGUGCCACAGCAAUAGAGGACAAGCUGCAAGAAGGUGUCCCAGAGACCAUCGCUCUCCUCUCCCUGGCCAACAUCAAGACGUGGGUACUUACAGGAGACAAGCAAGAGACGGCUGUCAAUAUUGGCUACUCGUGUAAGAUGCUGACAGAUGAUAUGACCGAGGUUUUCAUCAUCAGCGGAUGCAGUGUCCAGAGAGUGAAGCAGGAACUCAGGAGAGCAAGGGAACGGAUGAUUGCGCAUUCACAAACAAAGGACGGUGAAAAAACAGAGGUGGUCGAGGGAUGUGCAGCAGCUUGCUUGAAGAUAUUCAGAAGAGGAGGAAAACUGCCACCAUUCCCUUUUUCUUCCAACCUUAUGGACAACAUGUCUGGGGACUUUGCCCUCGUCAUCAAUGGCCACAGCUUGGCCCACGCACUGGAAGCAGACAUGGAAAAGGAGUUUGUCACAACGGCGUGCGCAUGCAAAGCGGUGAUUUGCUGCCGAGUUACGCCGCUGCAAAAGGCUCAGGUGGUGGAGCUGGUGAAGAAACACAAGCGGGCCGUAACCCUGGCCAUCGGGGAUGGGGCGAAUGACGUGAGCAUGAUCAAGAGUGCUCAUAUUGGUGUUGGUAUCUCGGGCCAGGAGGGUAUCCAGGCUGUGUUGGCCAGUGACUACUCCUUCUCCCAGUUCCGCUUCCUGCAGCGGCUCCUGCUGGUGCACGGCCGAUGGUCCUACCUACGCAUGUGCCGCUUCCUGUGCUACUUCUUCUACAAGAACUUUGCCUUCACUAUGGUGCACUUCUGGUUCGGCUUCUUCUGUGGCUUCUCUGCCCAGACGGUGUAUGAUCAGUUCUUCAUCACACUCUACAACAUUGUUUACACGUCUCUGCCUGUGCUUGCAAUGGGCAUAUUUGACCAGGAUGUGCCUGAUCAAAGGAGUCUGGAGAAUCCAAAACUGUAUGAGCCUGGCCAACUCAACCUGCUCUUCAACAAGAGAGAGUUCUUCAUCUGCAUUGCCCAGGGCAUAUACACAUCAGUGGUGCUGUUUUUUGUCCCCUACGCUGUCCUGGCCGACGCCUCGCAGAGCAGCGGAGAGCCUCUUGCCGACUACCAGACCUUUGCUGUCACUACGGCAACAGCUUUGGUCAUUGUAGUGAGUGUACAGAUCUCACUGGACACAAGCUUCUGGACCAUCUUUAACCACGUGUUUGUGUGGGGCUCGUUGGGCUGCUACUUCACCAUCAUGUUUGUUGUACACAGUCAGACACUCUUCAGGAGCUUCCCCAACCACUUCCAUUUUGUAGCAAGUGCUCAGAGCACACUAUUACAACCAGUUGUGUGGUUGACUAUUGCACUGGCAACGGCAAUCUGUAUAGUUCCAGUUUUGGCGUUCCGCUUCCUCAAGUUGGACCUCAAACCUCAGCUCUCUGACACGGUCCGCUACACUCAACUGGUGCGUCAAAAGAAGCUUAGGUCAGCUGGUGGUAGCGUGGCAUCCACCUGGCGCAGUGCGGGCAGCUGCUCCGAGGGCCGCCUGGGCGCAAGAGGCGGUUCCCGGAGGUCCGGCUAUGCCUUCGCCCACCAGGAGGGAUUUGGGGAGCUGAUCACCUCUGGCAAGAACAUGCGUCUGUCGUCUCUGGCUCUGGCCAGCUUCGCGUCCAGGCACAGCUCCAGCUGGAUCGACACCCUGCGCAGGAAGAAGCACGCUCACACUCCUCCCGGUACGUCAGGAGAGUGCACCCCUGCGCUCUCGCACUCGUCUUCUGUUCUGGGGUGUUCACAGGAGGCACCCAUCGAGGAGGAAACAGUCCGAGACUCACAGAUAAUUCUAACGACAAUCACUUCAAUAGGAGCUUCAGAGGAAGUAGCCAACAGCACAGGCUCACCGUCUUGCCAAGAAAACCACCCUAACGGAGUGUAAAAAAAACUGACAAAAGAGGAC